AUGGCCAGUGGUGAACUCUAUGCAGUAGCAGAUUUUUGUCUGAUUCCUAUGGGGACAGGAGAGUCAUCGGUUGCCGAGUACAUUGCAGAGUGUGCUCGGGUGCUGGAGAAGAGUGGAUUGAAGUACAAGAUGCAUGGCUAUGGUACAAACAUUGAGGGGCCAUGGUCAGAGGUUACACAGGCAAUCCAAGCAUGCCACACUACAGACAUCAGGAUUGGUACUCGGGUGGAUAGGGAUAUUGUUCCAGGAACAGGGAAUGAAAGCAAAGUGGCUCGGGUGGAACAGAUCUUAGCAGAGUCUAGGUAA